AUAGGAAAUAUCUCUUAAUGCUGCUGCUUUAUGUGGGCUUAAUCUGCACAGGAUCAGAUUCACUAGGAGCGAGAACAGGUUGAGUGACUGCAAGCUAAUUCCUUUUUAAAGAACACUAUGAAUCAAGAGAAACUUGCCAAACUUCAGGCAGAAGUCCGGAUAGGUGGAAAGGGAACAGCCCGCAGGAAGAAAAAGGUCGUUCACAAAACCGCGACAGCAGAUGACAAAAAACUCCAGGGCUCACUGAAGAAACUGGCAGUGAACAACAUUGCGGGGAUUGAAGAGGUGAAUAUGAUAAAAGAUGAUGGGACUGUGAUCCACUUCAACAACCCCAAAGUGCAGGCGUCUCUCUCCGCCAACACCUUCGCCAUCACGGGCCACGCCGAGACCAAGCAGCUGACAGAGAUGCUGCCAGGCAUCCUGAGCCAGCUGGGAGCCGACAGCCUCAGCAGCCUGCGCAAGCUGGCCGAGCAGUUCCCACGGCAAUUGAGGAACGUAAAGGCGGUGAAGGAGGAAAUUGUAGAAGAAGAGGACGACGAUGUGCCAGAUCUCGUGGAGAACUUUGAUGAAGCCUCAAAGAACGAAGCAAACUGAUGAAUCCUUUUUUUCCUCCGUCAGCCGUUUUAAUUUUUUUUUUUUUAACCUCCUUACGGAUUCACAAAGGGCCUUUCCCCUUGUGGGGAAUCGGUUGUUAAAGGUGCAGUGCAUCAUCUCCGGAGAGGUGAACCACUUUGUGUUAGUCUGCAACAACAACAACAACAACAACAUGCACAUCCAGAAGGUUUUGAUUUCAGUAGGCUGAGGACACGCCGAGAAACGAGGACUCAAGAUACUUAAAAAAUAAGCUUUCUACAUGGUUAAACAUGGUUAGUAUUUAAGAGAUUGUAUAUUAAAGUGAAUGAAGAAUUCACUUUACAACAUAGGGGUGAUUUAUGAAUUUAAUAAAACUUUUUUUGAGCUAUG